AGGAGGGACUGGCGCACAGCACGGCUGGCGGGCUGGGGUUCGGCUGUUCUGGACUCCGGCAGCUUUUCCUGCCGUACUGACUGGUUAAGAUAAUUAAUAACAAAAAAAAAAAUAAAAGAACAAAAAAAAUCCAAACCAACCAGUAAUACGUUUUGCAUUUCAGGAGUCUAAACCUUUGUUUCUUCUUCUAGCUACUUUUAUUUCCCCCCAUAAAAUGAAAACAAUAAAAGAUGCAUCACAAAAUACUGUCUAAAAGGCUGAGGGCUGAGACCUUGAGUUGCAGCGUGCAGGGAAGUGCAGAGUUCCUUGGGCCGUCCAUCCCCAGCAGCCCUGCAGUCUCCGUUAAUGCCGUCGCCUCCUUUUGCAGCCUGACAGUGUUCAGCAGCCUCAAGAGCCCAGGAGUUAUCAGGCUGUAGCACUCUGAAUUCCUUCAAGUCUUCAGAACAUGGAUUUAGAAAUAUCGGAAGGCAGAGCUACAGCAUUCCAAAUUGGGAAAUUCCUGAAGCAUAAAGGAGGAAUUUAGCAAAAUGUUAAGGAAGCACCUCCAACUCCUCCUGCCCUUCUCGCAUCAAUCAAAUUUGCUACCAUGUAAAUUCAGGUGUGCUUAGAGAGCUCCUCCUUCCCGGAGACCAGACCAAGAGCUGCGAGAAAGGGAGACCGCAUCUCAUCCGAGCAUAAAGGUCUGCGAGGAUGGAAGAAGAGGUCCAGCAUCGAGAAGCCUGAAUGGUGAUAGCAGGACAGCUCUUUGAGGCACUGGCAAUACCAGCCUGAGAUACAAGACAGCAAACAUGCUGAAGCCAAGUGGACUUAAAAUCCCUGGCAGGGCAGGGAAGCACUCCAGCCCUGUGGGACGGGCAUCGGGGACCACGGCAGCUGCCGUCACCACUGCUUCAAAAGAAGGCUCACCUUUACACAAGCAGGGUGCCACCUCCACCACCAGCACCGAGAAGUCGGGUUCAAAGGUUGCCGAGGUGGGCGAUGAUUUCCUGGGCGACUUUGUGGUGGGCGAACGUGUCUGGGUAAACGGAGUGAAGCCAGGUGUGAUCCAGUAUCUUGGGGAGACGCAAUUUGCUCCAGGCCAGUGGGCAGGGGUCGUUCUGGAUGACCCGGUGGGUAAGAAUGAUGGCUCCGUCGGUGGAGUGCGGUACUUUGAAUGCCAGCCGCUGCAGGGGAUUUUUACGCGACCGUCCAAACUGACGCGGCAGCCGGUGGCCGAGGGCUCAGGGAGCGACGCCCCCUCCGUGGACUCCCUGACAGCUCAGAACUUGUCACUGCACUCGGGAACGGCCACGCCACCUCUCUCCACUCGUGUCAUCCCCCUGCGGGAGAGCGUCCUGAACAGCGCCAUGAAGACGGGCAACGAGUCUGGAUCUAACCUCUCGGACAGUGGGUCUGUGAAAAAAGGGGAGAAGGACUUACGGCUCGGAGAUCGCGUGCUGGUUGGCGGGACCAAGACAGGAGUUGUGCGCUACGUGGGAGAGACGGAUUUUGCCAAAGGAGAGUGGUGUGGUGUGGAGUUGGACGAACCCCUGGGGAAGAACGAUGGGGCGGUUGCUGGUACAAGGUAUUUUCAGUGCCCUCCCAAGUUCGGCCUCUUUGCUCCCAUCCACAAGGUGAUCCGGAUUGGGUUCCCAUCAACCAGCCCCGCCAAGGCGAAGAAGAGCAAACGAAUGGCCAUGGGGGUGUCUGCCUUAACCCACAGCCCCAGCAGCUCCUCCAUCAGCUCCGUCAGCUCAGUGGCAUCGUCUGUGGGGGGCAGGCCCAGCCGCAGCGGGCUGCUGACGGAGACCUCUUCUCGAUAUGCCCGGAAAAUCUCUGGCACGACAGCUCUCCAGGAGGCACUGAAGGAGAAGCAGCAGCACAUUGAGCAGCUGCUGGCAGAGCGUGACCUGGAGCGGGCUGAGGUUGCCAAAGCCACCAGCCACAUCUGCGAAGUGGAGAAAGAGAUUGCCAUCAUGAAGGCCCAGCACGAGCAGUAUGUCACGGAGGCAGAAGGAAACCUCCAGCGAGCACGAGCCCUGGUGGAUGUGAUGCAGAAGGAGAAGAUUGAGCUGUUGAAUCAGCUGGAAGAGGAGAAGAGGAAAGUGGAGGACUUGCAGUUCCGUGUGGAGGAAGAAUCCAUCACGAAGGGGGAUCUGGAGACUCAGACGCAGUUGGAGCAUGCCCGAAUACGGGAGCUCGAGCAGAGCCUGCUGUUUGAGAAGGCACAGGCUGAAAAACUCCUCAGAGAAUUAGAGGACACCAGGUUAACCACGGUAGCGGAGAAGUCGAGGAUUCUUCAGCUGGAGGAGGAGCUGAGCCUGACGCGCAGUGAGGUGGAUGAGCUUCGGCAGUGCCUCAGGAGCUCCCACCAAGCAGAGAUCCCGGAGCACAACCUCGGUUUGCAGUCAGAGGCUCUUCGGCUACGAGAUCAACUCCUGUCUGCCAACAAGGAGCACCAGAAGGAGAGCAGCCAGCUAAAGGAGAAGUAUGAGAAGACGUUAAAGAAGUACCAGCAGGAGAUGGAGAAGCUGAAAGCUGUCAAUGAGAAGUAUUCCCAGGAAAUUGUUGAUCUCAAGCAUAAAGUUCAGCAAGCCACUAAUGAGAACAUGGGGCUCAUGGACAACUGGAAGUCUAAAUUAGACACGUUAGCUUCUGACCACCAGAAGUCUCUGGAGGAUCUCAAAGCCACAUUGAACACAGGCCCUGACACCCAACACAAGGAGAUUGUGGAGCUGAAGGCAGUGGUGGAGAGUAUAAAGAUGGAACACCAGCUUGAGUUGGAGAACCUGAAAGCAAAGCAUGACAUUGAGAUGGCUGUUCAUAUAAAAGAAAAAGAGAGCCUCAAACUGAAGUUGCAGGAGGCUCUGGAUGAAGUGGAAAAAAGCAACAGCAACUGGAAAAUGCAACUGGAAACCAAAAGCAAUCAGCACCUUCUUGAGCUCCAGGAUAUGAAGGACAAGUGUCGAGAUGCUGAGCUGAGGGUGCAUGAACUGGAGAAACUUCAUGGUGAAUAUACAGACCAGACACAAGCAAUAGCUUUCUUGAAAGACCAGAUUUCUUUGGCUGAGAAGAAGAUGUUGGACUAUGAAACAUUGCAGAAAACAGAAGCUCAGAGUAAACAAGAGAUCCACAGAUUGCAGGAAAAAGUGCUUGUCUUAGAGAACAAGCUGCAGUCCAUGGAGGCCCUCCAUCCGUCUCAGCACGCAAAUAUGAUUGACACGAAUGAUAUUUCAGAAGAAAAAAUAAAGAUGAAGCAGACUAUGGAAGACCUCCAAGACAAGCUGAGUAAAAGAGACAAAGAGGUAUCAUCGCUGGUGUCCCAGACUGAAAAUCUAAGGGCCCAAGUAAGUGCUUUGGAAAAUAAAUGCAAAACGGCAGAAAAGAAGGCUGAUUUGGCCUCAAAAGAAAAGAAGAGGCUGGAAGGUGAACUGGAAGCCUUGACCAAGAAAACACAUGAUGCCUCAGGGCAACUGGUCCUGAUCAGCCAGGAGCUACUCAAGAAGGAGAGGAGCCUGAACGAGCUGAGAGCGUUGUUACUGGAGGCAAACCGGCACUCGCCUGGGCCGGAGCGGGACCUCAGCCGGGAGGUGCACAAAGCCGAGUGGCGGCUGAAGGAACAGAAGCUCAAAGAUGACAUCAAGGGACUGCGAGAGAAACUGGUUGUGCUGGACAAGGAAAAAUCGGUAACAGAUCAGCGGCGAUACUCCCUGAUUGACCCCUCGUCAGAGUCCGAAGUGAUCCGGCUGCAGCACCGGCUGGUCAGCACGGAGGAUGUGCUGCGCAACGCACUGGAGCAGGGCCACCAGAUGGAGAAGCUGAUGGAAGCGAUGAGGCUCUCCUCUGAGAAAUCACAGUCUGUUGGAAACUCUGGGUCUGCUAAUGGGAUUCACCAACAGGAUAAAUCCCACAAGCAAGAGGAGAAGCUCUGAUAGAGAAGAGGUGAAGAGGAUCAUUUCACGCCAGUAUCAGCUCCUGUGCACAGUCAGAAAAACGAUACCCCAUCUGGCUUCAGCACCUGCAAAAGACUAGACACAGUAUUUUCACUUUAAACCAGGACAAUGUUUAUAAUAUACUAACUGAUGUAAUCAGGACAAUCCUGGAGUCCAGUUUUCCAAGACAGCCAUUGUUCCAGGAGGGAGCAGAAAGAUCUCUCUGGGUUUGGUUUUCUUCCCUGUAUUGGUUUUGACUGUGGAAUUUGUAUUGCUCCAGCUGCCCUUGUCCCACCAGCCAACGUGGUCUGGAUGACAGCUGCCCUGAACAGUGCCCGACGUGUCACUGAGUCGCCGUAGCCCCACAGGAGUUGCAAAGGGAUUUGCUUGUGGUGUUGAACUCCAAAGCAUGUGCCCAGAGGCUUCACACUUCCCAUAUUGUCUAUCCCUUCCCUUCCACCCACCCUGGUGUCUUGGAGACCUGCACAAGCAUGUGAAACCGGCUGGGCUGACUGUUUGUGCUGGCAAGCGUAGGCUGAGUAAGACAAGGUGUGGGGACGCGUGUCCCUCCUCGUCUUGUGGAAGACAUUGCUGUUUUAGAGCAUGGAGGCUGCACUUAGUACUUGUAUCGUAGCAUGUCGUGGGAGAUAAUCUGGUUUCAGGGGGAUAUUUAUUUUGUUUCUCACCCCCUGCUGUUUGGGGAAGGAGCUGUGGUGGCUCUGAGUUUGAGGACAGGCACAGCUUGCUCAGGUUGUCCUUUCUUCCUGCAAAGAGGUCACUGAGCAGGGCUGGUGCUGCCCUGGGCCACAGCCAGGCUGCCCAGCCAGCUCACCCCAACUCGUGUGAGUUUUAUUUGGUCUUUUUUUGAGCACAGGACUCCACAGACAGAUGAAUCUCAGCAUUGCUGGCUCCACGCUGGUUGCAUCGUUGUGGGACAGAUGCCUUGAGGAGAUGGUUCCCUUCUUGCCUGUUCAAUUUAACAGCUAGUUGGGGAUUGCUUGCCCAUUCUGCAAGGCUGACAUCGGCCCCUCCACCACUACCAGGAACAGAGGAGGCUAUGGUGCUGCUGUGAGUACUCGUGCAGUGGUGGCUGUCUGUAUUUGAUGGGUACAGAAACCUGUGUGUGACCUGAGCAUUUGGGGCAGAAAGAAUCCAAAACUGGAGCCCACACAGCUCUUGUGUCUGUACACAGCAGUGCAGGCCUGGGCAAUGGUCUUGUUCCUUCUGAAGGCUUUACUCUUUGCACCACAGCUCCCAAGGGACAUUAGGGCGGAGGAAGGGGACAACAUGUUCUUAAAAGUGUGAGAAAGUCCAGCUCAAAUUCACUGUGCAGCACUACAGGCAAGAAACACAGCAGUAUUUUUUACCAGGCUUCCCCUAGUUAGUGCCCAGCUCCUCCAGGCUUCAGAAGCUCUUGUGUAAUUAGGGGGCAUCUGUGGAAGACAAAACAGAAGAGACCACUGAGAGAAGAUCUGAGCCCAGACCACAGGCAGAUGAACCUCACAGCGUGUCAGCUGCUUUGCUUUUUGCCCUCAUUUCCUAUGAAGUUGUGCUGCUUUUUCUUCCUGGGUUGCCAGGUUCUUAUUUCCUUGAAAAAUGGGCAGCCAGAAGCAGCCUGGGAAAGGCUCAGGCUCUGUGACUGCAGGUCUGCCCUGAGGAGGGUGUUGCUGAAUCUGCACUAUGAUACCAUCCUGGGACCCUGCUCACUGGACCCAGGAUUGGUAGUCUCUCCAUUCAAAAGGAGGAUUAGACAAAAAGUGAUUUAGGGAGAUUAAAGCAGGUCAGAAAACGCAGCUGAAGUCUGGCUGGCAGCAGGGGCAGGCAGAGCUUGGGAUCUAACUGGCUAGAAAAUAAUUUGAGUGGGGGCCCAUCCUGCCUUGCAGAAGUCUUUAAUCAGCUCUUACUAAUCACCAGGAAGAUUGCCACAUCUCUACCUAGCACUGAGACUUUCCCAAAGGAUCAUAGAGGUGGUCUCAAAAAUCCUUCUGGUUAGUGUAUUCAAGUGAUUUAGGAAAAUCCCAAAGGGCGUGUACAGCCUGUGACAGUGAAUACCUGACUGGAAGCUGCUGUUUUGAAGAAUUUAGGGCCGGUGUUUCCCAAAGGGCUCCUGUGGGCUGGCUGGUCUCUCAAGUCCCUGCCGCAGCUCUUGUUGGCAUAAGUGGACCUGUCUCUAAGCCCAGGGCUUCCUGGGCACCUGCAGGUGAGAGCGCCUGUUCUGGUUUGCAACUUAUUUUCCCUGAUAGGUUUACUAGUGACUUGUGACCAGCUGCCUUCAUCUACAGAGGAAAGGUUACCUGAAUUUUCCACCUCCCUUGAUGAACCUUUGGCUCUGUGUGAAGUGGGAUCCCCCAGGAGUUGUUACAGGGACCACAUCUUUGGCUCCGUUAAACAGAUCUGGAGUCGUCAGGGUGGCACUGGUUCAGGCUGGAGUGGGAUUCUGCCCCAUCUCCUCCCAGGGACUGUCCCCAACGAGCAGCUCAGACCUGUGGCUCUUCCCAGUCAGCUCAGGUGACAAUGCCGAACAGCAGGUGGGUCAGAGCAGGUCCCAUGGGAGCUGCUCCACAGACAGGACUGACUGUGGUGUUGACAGAACGUGUUAUCACACCUGUCAUCUGGGUUUCAGCUCAACCCCGUCUAAAGUGGCCAGGAGGGAGUUUGGGCACCAGUCAUUUCUUCUGUCUCCAAAAUUGCCACGGCUGCCCUUCAGAGGUUGUAGGAGACCAAAUUAGGGACAAACUUGGAAAGGAUAAGAAGAGAUUCCCCAGCCCCUCUAUUUAUUUGUAAGUUUAAGUGCUAUUUUUGCCUUUGUGGUGGUGUAUAAAGUAUUUCACAAUAUUUGGUCUUACUGGCUUGGUUCUUUGGGGGGGAUUUGCGAUGGUGUUGGAGCAGUGGUGCCCCCAUCUCCUGCUGUCAGUCAGGGACUGGUUCCUGUUUGUGCCUUCACUCCCCUUUGGCUUCAGCCUCGCUCUUGUCUUGAUCCCCGAGAGUGGGUACGGGGGGCUGUGUGUUCUCCCCAGCCCCUCUCCUGGCUCCUGUGUGCUGUGCUGGUUUUGCACCCAGAGCUGGGGUCGGAGCUUGCAGGGUGGGCAGCAGGAGUGACCUCGAUGUGCUCAGCAUUCUGCUGCAGCCCCCAGCACCUGGAUGUGGGACCAUCCCUCAGCACCAGCUGCCUCACCCCACCCCUAGCAAUGCUUUUCUGCUGCAGGCUGAGUCGUUACCUGGCAAAAAAGGGUCUUUGAAAUGGAGACUAUUGUGUGUUUAGUGGUUUCUUCUCUAACCCUCUAGACCAAAGGGAAAAGAACCUGUCUUGGUGAUUUCAGCUUUAUCUCCUACAGCAUCCAGAGUGCUGGAGCGAGGGGCAGCACCACGCUGGGUACCGAGCUGCCCAAGGCUUCACAGCUCCUGCUUCCCCCCAGCCACCAGUGGUUCCUCUGGCUUGCACCAGAGAUGCAUGAGGGUUUCAUUUAAAACAAAACAAUGCGAAUGACACUGUAAAAGUCUUAACAAAAAUUCCAGUACUCUGUUGUUUGGCAGCUUUAGCAGCUCAACACUAUCUCGUAGGGAAUUAUUAAUACACUAAGAUCCUAUAGGCCUCAUGUAAGUUACCAGAAUAAAAGCGAUACUAGAUGUAUAAAUGGAUGAUAACCUUUUAACCGUACAGUAUGUAUUACAAUUUUGUAGCUUAGUCAAUUUUUGGCUAUCAGAUUUUGUUAGUAUGAUAUAAAAAAAAAAAAAAAGACAAAAAAAAGUUUGACUGCUAAUGUCUAUUUUGUUAUUUGAUUCAUUUUAUUUCUUCCUCUGUACAAAAGCUGUACAAAUCUGUCUGUGUAACUACUAUAGAUAAUGUAUUCAUGUACCAUCCACCCUGUCCUGGCUUGCUGGUGUGGUGAGCUCGUUACUAAACAAUAAAAUCUGUGGCUGAAGUCGGGCA